UCCAAUCAGGAACUCUGCAAGGGGGGACGGUGGGCAACGUUCAACAACUCCGCGGGGUCUUCCUGUUUCGCGUCCGCUGCGUUUGGGUUCCGGUCUCCGCUUCUCCAGUGGCCCGGGUGGCUCCACCGCAGCGUCUGGCGUGCUGGGACCUGCACAGGCCGGAGAGAGCCGUAGGCAGGACCCCGGGACACCCUGGAAGCCAGGAAAUGGACUCAGUGGCCUCCGAGGAUGUGGCUGUGAACUUCACACUUGAGGAGUGGGCUUUGCUGGAUCCUUCCCAGAAGAAACUCUACAGAGAUGUGAUGCGGGAAACCUUUAGAAACCUGGCCUGUGUAGGAAAAAAAUGGGAAGACCAGAGCAUUGAAGAUUGGUACAAAAAUCAGGGGAGAAUUUUAAGCAAUCAUACGGAAGAGGGACUCAGUGAAAGUAAAGAAUAUGAUCAAUGUGGAGAAGCCUUCAGUCAGAUUCUCAAUCUUAAUCUGAACAAGAAAAUUCCUACUAUAGUAAGACCAUGUGAAUGUAGUUUGUGUGGGAAAGUCUUCAUGCAUCAUUCAUCCCUUAGUAGACACAUCAGAUCUCACCUUGGACACAAACCUUAUGACUAUCAGGAAUAUGGAGAGAAACCAUACAAAUGUAAGCAGUGUGGGAAAGCCUUCAGUUCUUGUCAAUCCUUUCGAAGACAUGAAAGAACUCACACUGGUGAGAAACCCUAUGCAUGUCCGGAAUGCGGGAAAGCCUUCAUUUCUCUCCCAAGUGUUCGAAGGCACAUGAUUAAGCACACUGGAGAUGGACCAUAUAAAUGUCAGGAAUGUGGGAAAGCCUUUGACCGCCCCAGUUUAUUUCAAAUACAUGAAAGAACGCACACUGGAGAGAAACCCUAUGAAUGUCAGGAAUGUGCAAAAGCUUUCAUUUCUCUCCCAAGUUUUCAAAGACAUAUGAUUAGGCACACUGGAGAUGGACCUUAUAAAUGUCAGGAAUGUGGAAAAGCCUUUGACCGCCCCAGUUUAUUUCGCAUACAUGAAAGAACUCAUACUGGAGAGAAACCCCAUGAAUGUAAACAGUGUGGGAAGGCCUUCAUUUCUUUCACAAAUUUUCAAAGUCAUAUGAUUAGGCACACUGGGGAUGGACCUUAUAAAUGUAAAGUAUGUGGGAGAGCCUUUAUUUUUCCCAGUUACGUUCGAAAGCAUGAAAGAACUCAUACUGGGGAGAAACCCUAUGAAUGUAAUAAAUGUGGUAAAACCUUCAGUUCUUCCAGUAAUGUUCGAACACAUGAAAGGACUCACACUGGAGAGAAGCCCUAUGAAUGUAAGGAAUGCGGGAAAGCCUUCAUUUCUCUCCCAAGCGUUCGAAGACACAUGAUAAAACACACUGGAGAUGGACCUUAUAAAUGUCAGGUAUGCGGUAGAGCCUUUGACUGUCCCAGUUCAUUUCAAAUACAUGAAAGAACUCACACUGGAGAGAAACCCUAUGAAUGUCAGGUAUGUGGGAAAGCCUUUAUUUCUCUUAAAAGGAUUAGAAAACAUAUGAUACUGCACACUGGAGAUGGACCUUAUAAAUGUCAGGUAUGUGGUAAAGCCUUUGACUGUCCUAGUUCUGUCCGAACACAUGAAAGAACUCAUACUGGAGAAAAACCCUAUGAAUGUAAAGAAUGUGGGAAAGCCUUCAAUUAUGCCAGUUCCAUUAGAAUACAUGAAAGAACUCAUACUGGAGAAAAACCCUAUGAAUGUAAGCAGUGUGGGAAAACGUUCAGUUAUUCCAGUUCCUUUCAAAGACAUGAAAGAGCUCAUAAUGGAGAUAAACCUUAUGUAAGGAAUGUGGGAAAGCUUUCAUUUAUCACAGAACCUUCGAAUACCUGUGAAAAUGCAUAGUGGAGGACAGUUCUACAAGUAUCUACAUAUCCAAAGAAUAUGGAAAGUCUUCAGUUUGCUUUCUGGGUUUCGGACUUGUUUGGGAUCUCACCCCUUUGUCCUGUUUCUCACUUUUGGAAUAGGAAUGUCUAUCCUAUGCCUGUCUCGUAUUUUGGAAAUACACAACUAGUUUGGUUUUCACAGGUUCGGAGCUGAAGAAGGAUUUUGCCUCAGCAUGAACUGAAUCUCAUCCAUAUCUGAGUUUUGUGAUAUUGAGAUGACACUUUAGAGUUUGAGUUUAAACAUUAGGCUUCAUGCUGGAAUUAACUGAGACACUUGAGGCCUUUAGGAUGAGAUGAAUAUAUUUUACAUGUGAUGACAUGGAUUUUGGGGGCCGGAGGUGUAAUGUUUUGGCUGAGAGUGUAUGCCCCCUCAGAUUAAUAUGUUGAAACCUUACCCCCACCCCCAUCCCCGUAUUGUGAUGGUAUUUGGAGGCCCUGUCUCUGGUGGUUUUUAGGACUGGAGGACAUCAUGAAGAUGGAGGCCUCGUAAUUGGGAUUAGUUUCCUGAUACGAGUCCCUAGAGAGCUAGCUUUGCCCUUCACCAUGAGAGGGUGCAGUGAGAAGAUAGCUAUCUUUGAACCAGGAAGCAGGCCCUUACCAGACACGGGCUCUGCCAGUGCCUUGAUAUUGGACUUCCCAGCCUCCCAAACUGUGAGAAAUAAAUGUUUGUUGAUGAAUUAAGCUUUCCAAUUUAUGGUAUUUUGUUUUAGCAACCCAAGCUAAGACACAAUCCAAUUUUAAAAUGGAGGAAAGGACUCGAAUAGACAUUUCUCCAAAGAAGAUAUCCAGAUGGCCAAUAAGCACGUAACAAUGCUCAACAUCAUUGGUUGUUAGGGAAAUACAAAUCAAACUCAAGACAUACAUACCAUCUCAUUAGGAUUAGUAGUAUCAAAGAUGGAAAACAAUACUGACAAGGAUGUGGAAUGUUUGAGAACCUUGUGCACUAUCACGGGGAAUGUACAAUGGUAUAAGCCUGCUGAAAACAGUAUGGCAGAUCCCCAGAUUAAAAUGUAGAAAUGACAUAU